GCAAAAUUCCAUACUUUAAAAUGACUUACAGGUAGAGAUUAGGAAUCACCACAUUUACACGUGGCCGACUUUGAUUGGACUUUAUGCAACCACCAUUUACAGUACGCGCCAUUGAUCUCUAUCCAAACUGCGGAGCAGAAGCCAUGCUUUCUCAUUGCAAAACCAGUGUUUCCAGGCUCUUAAGCAAGGCGAAGGAGGCGGUGCGAAUCUCUUAUCUUCGCGCAUUACCAUCGCCUACUGCACCUCCUGCACUCCACGCCGUUAACGGGCGUCGUACCGUCGUUACCAUGAAUACGGACGGUAUUGAUCCUGGUGAACUCGAAGCAAUAUUCGAGAGAAAGCGGUCUCUGAGGUCUAAGAUACGGAAACAGCUCAAAAACAUGGACCCUGUUCAGAGAGCUCAAGAGGCUAAUCUGCUCAUUUCAAUGGUCAAGGUGACAUGCUAAAUACCAAUGUUGGUAGUUAAGAUUUGAAUGGGAACGUGUUUUACUUAUAUUUGCUGUGUAAGGGCCACCUCAGAUGAUCUAGGUUGCUUUUUCACUUGCAUGUCCCGUCCCCAUUAUGGGCUAGAAUUAUAUAUGUUCCUAGAUAACGGCUCUCAUAUCGAACUAAUAGAUUAAAUUAUGUUUA